UUUCUAUAGUAUAGUAGCACUGGAUCAGUGGAAGAAAAUGGCUAACAGGGAGAAAUUUGUCGAAGAAGUAAAUAAAAUGUUGGAAGCCGUAAAGGAUUUAUCGCCUGACAAAAUGUUGUUCAGAUACAAUGGUGUCUUAUAUCCCACUGUAUUGUGUAAACAAGAGAUGUUUGAAGCACUAAACACUUUUGAGACAAGAGAAGAAGACAUUCUCAUGGCAGCUUAUCCCAAAUGUGGAACCAACUGGACUCUUCAUCUCCUACAGGACAUAGUCUAUGCAGUGCACAAGAAGGAUCCAGCUGCAGUUAUACCGAUGUUAGAAUUUUGUGGAGAAAACAAAUUUGAGAAACUCAAAGAAGAGGCUUCACCAAGAGUUUUGGGAACACAUUUAAGUUAUGAUGGCAUUCCAAAAAGCUUCUUUAAUAAGCCAUUGAAGAUGUUAGUUGUAUUUCGGAAUCCAAAAGACACAGCAUUAUCCUACUACCAUUUCUAUAACAACAAUCCAACUUUACCGAAGUACAGUUGCUGGGACACAUUUUUUGAAGAUUUCAUGGCAGGAAAUGUUUGCUGGGGAUCAUAUUUUGAUCAUGUUCUGGCAUGGAACAAACACAUUGAUAAUGAAAAUAUUAUGAUAGUAACAUUCGAAGAGUUGAAAAAGGACUUGGAGGUAGCGGUAAGAAAUAUCUCCAAAUUCUUUGGGUUCUCUCUGACUGAAGAGCAAAUACGGAGCAUUGCGGACAAGGGCACAUUCAAGUCCAUGAAGGAGAAAUCGGAAGAAACUCAUGGCGCCAUGGGAAAAUCAAUUUUUAGAAAAGGUGAAGUGGGAGACUGGAGAAAUAUAUUCACAGAAGCUCAAAACCAAGAAAUGGAUGCAAAAUUUGAAGCGUGUUUAGCUGGAACGAAACUAGGAGAAAUGUUGCAGUACAAUGUAUACUGCAAAUGAUGAACAGUUUAAUACACAUUUACAAAAGUAAUAAAAUCAGUGAAUUACUAAUUAAAAGGCGCUUACAUAUAA